CAUAAUUCAACUGAAUUUCGCGCUGUUUUGUUUCGAGUUAUUGCCAUUGAUCAGAAAGUGGGCGUGACAAUAAUGGCGCUCUAUUAGAAAAUGAAAUAAAGAAAGAGUUGAGGAACCAUUGGUGAUUUCGAUAUUUCGGGGUUUGGUAGAGGAAACUACCAGUCAAUAUGAUUGGAAUUUUAAGUGGUCUGACGUCUUGGUCGCGAUUACGAGGAGCAUCAGAUGAUGAUUGGAUAGAUAGACUCAACCAUAUUUGGACUGUGGUGUUGUUAGCCAUCUUUACAGUGGUUGUAAGCUCGGCGCAGUAUGUGGGAGAUCCCAUUCAUUGUUGGUGCCCGGCUCAGUUUACAGGAGCAUAUGUUGCCUAUGCUAAGCAAAUCUGUUGGAUUUCCAACACGUACUAUGUGCCUAUGGAUAACGAAAUUCCAGUUCAAAUCACAGAACGCCAAGAUCGUGAAAUUACAUACUACCAAUGGGUGCCGAUUAUUUUUCUAUUCAUGGCCUUAAUGUUCAAAAUUCCCAAUCUUCUGUGGAGAAUGCUGAAUAAUGGAGGUGGAUUGAACAUGGAUAGAAUGAUCACCAUGACAGCAGAUAUGCAAAUUUGUAGUCCGAACCAAAGAGACGAAAAUAUCCGACAUAUCGCGAAAUACAUGGAUCGUUGGUUGAAAGCUAAUCGUCAAUAUCAUUUUAACAUUAUUGUACGUGCCCGACAGAAGUUAAGUGGAAUCUGCUGUUUCUGGUUUGGAAAGCGGGAAGGAACAUACAUCACUGGUUUUUAUCUGCUUGUAAAGUUGUUGUACGUCUUGAAUAUUAUUGGUCAGUUUUAUCUACUGAAUGCCUUUAUGAGUAUGGAAUACAACAUGUAUGGUUUUGAAAUUAUGAAAAAAUUGGCGCAGUCUGAGCCUUGGAGCGAAUCACAUCGUUUUCCUCGUGUAACUCUGUGUGAUUUUGAAAUACGACAAUUGCAGAACAUUCAACGUUUCACUGUUCAGUGUGUUUUACCCAUAAAUCUCUUCAAUGAAAAAAUCUUCAUUUUUAUCUGGUUCUGGCUAUUUUUUAUUGCCGUGCUUACGAGCAUCAAUUAUGUGAAUUGGUUAUAUCACGUCCUUGUUAAGCAAAAUCGUGCCAAAUACGUUAAAAAAUAUUUAAAACUCAAUGACGAAAUCAGGUCAUCUGGUGAUUUGAAACUUUGUCGGAAAUUUGCAGAUGAAUAUCUACGAGACGAUGGCGUCUUUGUGCUGAAAAUCGUUUCGAAAAAUUCUUCGGAAAUAGUGUUGAAAGACUUGGUUUUGUAUCUAUGGCGUUUGUACAAAAGUGACCCAAAAACACCAGUCAUUAAACCCACUACUGAAAAUCAUCAAGAAGAACCAGAAGAUGUCAAAGAAGCUUUGGAAUAGAUCCGAAAUGAUUAACUUCUAGUGAUCUUAACUAAAAUAUUUUAAUUACUGUCUUUUCGAUACGAGCCAAUCAGAUUUCUUUUUUUUGUAAGGCUCAGUUUCAGAAAGUUUAUUUCGAAAAAAAAAA